AUGCCCACUCUCAAACUCUUGCAAAUCACAAUUUUCCUAGCUUUAUUUUCAUCUCUAGUCCAAAUCCAAGCUGAUGAAAAUCCACCUAAUUUAGAAAACAAGUGUGGGGAUUGCCCUUGUGACCAUCCUUGUACCCCCAAGCCAUCUCCACCGCCACCAUCUCCGCCACCACCAUCCCCUUCGCCUCCGCCACCGUCUCCAAAAUACCCACCGCCGAGCUACCUAUGUCCGCCGCCACCUGACGAGAUUCCUCCCAAGAGCCCAAACCCUCCGGAUGAAAAGACACCUCCCAAGGGCCCAAACCCUCCAUCCAUAUCCAUUAAUGGGCCUCCGGGAAGUGUUUAUUCGGUUAUUCAGACCUAUUCCGGCGGCUGCCGCACCUUUUUGGUCGGAAAUAUUCCGUUCUUGAUCGUCUUGUGGGCGCUAGCUUUUUGA